AUGUUAUCUCGAAAUAUAAGGAAGGUUGUAAAAUAUUCGUUUUAUAGUGGCGUUACUAUAGGAGGAACUGUUGUCGCUUUUAAGUAUCGCGAUGGUGAUUACGAUUCUUUAGCGGUAGUGAGGCUCAGUAGAGCUGCAAUAACAGCAGUGAACAUUGGGAGAACUUACCAAUCUAUGCUAUACAGCAGAGAAUGGGAUAAAGCGUCGAAAGAAUACAUCCAAGCGAAAAGCGAUGCUCAUACAAUCGGGGCGGCGAAACUGCUUGAAUUAUGCAAAGCUAAUAAAGGUGUGUACAUUAAAGUUGGGCAGCAUGUUGGAGCGCUUGAUUAUUUGCUUCCCAACGAGUACGUUCAGACCAUGCGUGUUCUGCAUAAAGAUGCGCCGAGAAAUUCCGUGGAAGAGUUAUACGAGGUUAUUAGAGAAGAUUUAAAAAAAGACCCUGAAGAUUUAUUUGAAGAAUUUGAUCCUGAACCAUUAGGUACUGCAUCGCUAGCUCAAGUACAUAAAGCAAAACUUAAAGAUGGCUCCGAAGUUGCCGUCAAAGUCCAACAUCACUUUGUGAGGAAAAACACAAAGAUCGACCUACAAUGGAUGGAAUUUAUUAUCAAUGUGAUGUCCAAAGUAUUCCCAGAUUUCCAAAUGCAAUGGCUCGUUGACGAGACCAAGAAGAAUAUCACAAAGGAAUUAGAUUUCUUACAAGAAGGUAGAAACGCUGAGAAGGUUUCGGAAUUGUUUAAAAAUUAUACAUGGUUGAAGGUGCCCAAAAUAUACUGGGAAUAUAGUACAGAGAGGGUCUUAGUAAUGGAAUAUGUGACGGGCGGUCAAGUUAAUGAUGUGAAGUAUUUAGAAAAACACAAUAUCAGUAAACCGGAUUUAUGCACGAAGCUAGGCGAUCUAUACUCCCAUAUGAUAUUUGUCACCGGAUUUGUGCACAGCGAUCCACAUCCCGGCAAUAUUUUGGUUCAUAAAGACCCUCAAGAUAAGGAGGUGUCGGUUUAUCUGUUGGAUCAUGGUUUGUAUGCUCAAUUAUCCGACAAGUUCCGGUAUCAUUACUCAAAGUUGUGGCUCUCGAUUAUAGCGAGGGAUAGAGAUAAAAUACGUAUUCAUGCUGAACAUUUGGGUAUUGAAAAAGAGUUGUACGGCUUGUUUGCUUGUAUGGUGACUGGGAGGCCGUGGGAUGCUAUCAUGAAAGGAAUUGAUAAGUCCGGGCCGUCUUCAGACGAGAAAACAACUUUCCAAAAUGAGAUCCCAAAUUUCCUGCACUACGUAACACAGUGUUUGGAACAUGUAGACCGUCAGGCUUUGUUGGUUUUGAAGACAAACGAUCUCAUCCGCAGCAUUGAAUACUCCCUCGGACUCCAAGAGAGGAUGUGUGGCUUCCUCGUCAUGACUAAAUGCUGCACAAAGAGCAUUUACAAUCUUGAUUAUAAGAAUUCAACUUCAAUGGUGAAGAAGCAGCUUUUAAACUUGAAGUAUACAUGGUCAUUAUUUGUGUUAUACAUAUACGGUUACUAUUUGCAUCUCAGGAACAGUGUGAGGUUGUACAGCUAA